GAGAGCUUACAGACGCAGAUGCCGCGCGCGCGAGGCGAAUAAGGAAUCGCUUUGCUGCCGAACAGGAGGCCCUGGACGUCGCCCUGCUCGCGGCCGCGGGCUGCCCAUUCAGGCGCGGACCACGAGCCCAACACCAUUACACUGAGCAUACUGCGACCUCACCGAGCACUCACCAUGGCGACGGCGCCGGCUCCACCAAGCACAAAUAAAACAAAUUACCGCCUCGACGCGGCCUUCGACUACGAACAAACGGCGGCCACGUUUCGAAAAAGCAUAGACGCGCGGAGAGCCAUCGAUGCCGGCAAAUGGAAGCCGGCAGCACCUAAAGCCCCGCGGCAGUGCACCAGUGCCCCGGAGCACAUCGUUGUGUCCAAGCAACUUGAGAGCAGACCAAAAGCAACGCGGGCACCGCCACGGAUUUCCUGCGGCGACAGCUUUGCCGACGACUUGACAAACGCGUCCUCCGUCACGGGCCAGUCGCGGCAAAGCUGCCGACCGCUGACGUCUCCCGUGCAGACGUGGCGACUCCGUGAUCGCACACCGCCCGCGACCGCGCUGAUGCCGCGCUGGGCGGCGAGAGAGACGCGCGCCACGACGACGAGCGGUCAGUGACCCGGAGCAGAACGACCUUGAACUUGACGUGGCCGCAGCGAUGGCGUCGACGCGAUGCCACUUCGCCUCGACGCCGUCGAGGUGGCCGUCAGAGAGUCUACGCCUCUCGCGAGAGAGCCGCUGCAUUUUCGCGACGGCAUCAUUCAACGCAGGCGCUGGGAGGCUGAAAGGCGGCGGUGCCGACGACGACGUUCCGGAGAGCCUCGCUUAUCUGCCGGCCCGGCUCCCCACGGAUCGCUACUUCGACGCGGCCUCGCGCCUCGAGGACCCGACGUCGCCGUACUACUGGACGGGACAGCUCUCGUCGCCUGCGGCGCGAGUAUUCCUCACGCCCACCAUACUCCAUGUGGGUCGAAGGCACGCACUCCGUCGAACGACCAUAAACGCGCGCUCGCGCAUCUACUGAGAGCCGUGAAGGGAAUUUUGUUAAAAGUUUUUCAAGAA